AUGGUCCGUUACGCCGCCCAGGAGAUCUCGCAGGAAAAGAGCGCCCGCGCGUGCGGCUCUUACCUGCGUGUCAGCUUCAAGAACACCCGUGAGACUGCUCAGGCCGUCAACGGAAUGAAGCUGUCCAAGGCUCUUUCUUUCCUCGAGAACGUCACCACCAAGACCAUGGCCGUUCCCAUGCGCCGUUACGCUGGCUCCACCGGUCGCACCGCUCAGGGCAAGCAGUUCGGUGUCUCCAAGGCCCGCUGGCCCGUCAAGUCCGCUGAGCACAUCAUUGAUCUGCUCAAGAACGCUGAGGCCAACGCCGAUGGCAAGGGUCUCGACACCGCCAACUUGAUCAUCAAGCGCAUCCAGGUCAACCAGGCCCCCAAGGGUCGCCGCCGCACUUACCGUGCUCACGGUCGUAUCAACCCCUACAUGACCAACCCCUGCCACAUCGAGCUCAUCCUCACCGAGGCCAACGAGCAGGUCCAGAAGGCUACCACCGACAAGGCGGUCCGUCUCUCUUCCCGCCAGCGUGGUAUCCAGAUCCGCCGUGCUCUCAUUGAGGCAUAA